AUGGCAGCAGUAGCCAGACCAAGGUGGGGUGAAAAUGGAAAUUGUGAAUUUGAUGGUAAAAUAGGCAUAUUUCCAUUCACAAAUGCAGUUGCAGCCAAGAGGACAUCAAAAAACAGAGUAAAGGGGACCAUUGAAACAAAGCCAGUGAAGUCUGUAAAUCAAAUUGAAACAAAGGCAAUGAUGAUCAACAUGCUAAUUCCAGCAAUCAAGGCAAAGUGUCCACCACAUGAAGGGGAAAAGGUCAUCUAUAUUGUUCAAGAUAAUUCAAAGGCACAUACAUUGCAAGAUGAUCCUGAAUGGCAACUACACUACAAACAAGAUGGGUUCACUUUUGUGUUGACUCAACAGCUAGCAAACAGUCCAGAUUGCAACAUCUUGGACUUGGGAUUUUUUAGGUCCAUACAAUCACUUAUGCACAAGAAAAUGCCUAAAACUGUGGAGGACUUAAGUGGAGCAGUGUAUGAUUCUUUUAAUGAAUUGCAUCCUAAGACAUUGUCUAAUGUGUGGAUGACAUUACAGUUUGUUUCUAAUGAGAUUCUAAACACAAGGGCAACAAUGAUUACCAACUUCCACACAACAAGAAGAAGAUACUAA